AUGGCGCUAGCCAUGCUCAAGUUCGUCUUGUACAUGCUCUGGAGCGCCUUCGGACUGAUCUCGUAUUUCGCCAUUUCUAAUACUGUAAGUUAAGGUGUUUUACUGUAAUUUUAAAAAUUUUUUAAUUUUGAAAAAAAAAUUUCAAAAAUUUUUUUGAAAUUUAAAAUAAAGUUUUUCAGGAACCCGACGAAUCCUCGUACCGUGACCUGAGAAAGCAGAAGGACGAGGAUGUGUUUCCGGUGAGGAAGGGCAGUCUCAAGCCUCCGCCCAAGUCGAAGCGCCGCAGCCCGCGCGAGGAGUCGGCGAACUGCGCUCACGUCCGGAACCGAGUGUCCAAAGGAAUCAUAAGGGAGAGGCGACAGUCAUCAGCGGUGUAA